GGCGCCGUGGUGGCCGUCCCCACCGAUACGCUGUACGGCCUGGCCUGCUCAGCGAGCUGCUCAGCGGCACUGGACGCUGUGUACCGCCUCAAGGGCCGCAGCGAGGCUAAGCCGCUGGCUGUUUGCCUGGGCCGCGUGGCCGACGUCUACAGGUAUUGCCAUGUGAGAGUACCCGAGGAGCUCCUGAAAGACCUGUUGCCAGGACCAGUGACCCUGGUGAUGGAACGCUCAGAGGAGCUCAACAAGGACCUGAACCCCUUUACUCCUCUUGUAGGCAUCCGGAUUCCUGACCAUGCCUUCAUGCAGGACUUGGCCCAGAUGUUUGGGGGACCUCUUGCUCUCACCAGCGCCAACCUCAGCUCCCAGGCCAGUUCUCUGAAUGUCACGGUGAGAGUUUCCCAGUCUUUCCCCCAGAAACAUCACCAGGCCAAACACUGUUUCCUCGGAGCCAGUGGGGUUGACUGUGCACUGGAAUUGCCUGUUUGCAUCAUUCGUCCAGGCUGUGCCCUGGAAAGUACUACAACCAUCCUCCAACAGAAGUAUGGGCUGCUCCCCUCACAUGGAUCCUGCUCAUGAAACUAGGGAGGAGGGGGGACCCAAGGACUGGUGCUGGAUACUAUGUGUCUGUUUGUGGGUGGCUGGCAAGGCUUCAUUUGUAGAGGCCCUUGAGCUGUGUCACUAGCCUGACCCAUUAAGCAAUGUGUCUUUCUAAACACCUUAGACCAGGUCUCAGAAGCUGCUGGUUUAUCUUCGCACCUGGAGGAAAAGUUAUAUUUGUUAUCUGUUUUAUGAUAGUUUCAUGUAUCAGCCAAAAGAUGGGUAGAGAGGUUAAGAACAUUCCUAAGGUGGCCUUAUUCUGGUAAGUUUUCUUCUCCUCUCUCCCUCUCUCUCUUCCCUCCCCCUCCCUCACCGCUCUCUCUCUCUUCUCUUCGACUUCUCUCC